CGCAGAUUACGGAGUCGAUCUGGCCUGGCCACAUAUUCGUCAUCUCGACAUUUUCCUUUCCAUCGCCCCUCUCCGCCCAUCACCGACGACAGCUCGCAACGCCAUUGACGAGCGACAUCAAUGCCGCGGCUGUAGGCGAGUGAUCUCUCCCGUCCCUUAGGCUGUUUGCACGACACGGCCGCCUCCUGGCAACGCUCUGGGCUCUAUAGAGUCCCCAGGCUCCCGCCGCCAUGGCGCCGCCCUUCGUCGACAACGCGCAGAUCCAAUCCGCCGAACUCCUCCGCCCGCUGCCCCUGCAGCGACACGCCUACAUCUGGCCGUUUGCCAUAAUAUGGCCAAUCUUCCUGCGAUUCUACCUGAGCCCUGAGCUCUACGAGAAGCACAUCCAGGCCCCCGAGUGGACGUUUGUCUGGGUUGGCACCAUCAUCACCGUCCAGUCGCUGGUCUGGCUCUGCACCCACUGGAGCGUGGACCUCAACGCCCACUUCACCGCCCGGAAAGCCCGCUCCGUCGAGGAGGCCGAGCUGAUCAAGGUCAUCCCCGUCGCGAAUGCCGGCGCCGCCGAGAUUUGCAAGAUUGUGCGCGACAAGAAGAACACCUCCUUCUUCUUCCAGAAGCGCAACUUCCUUUUCGACGCCACGACCAAGACCUUCCGAACCCUCACGUACGAGAUCGACAACGAGCCGAAACUCGAGCACUUCCAAAAGUCCAAGGGUAUCACGGCUGCUGCCGAGGUCCAGCGCCUCGAACAGCAUUAUGGCACCAAUACUUUCGACAUCCCCGUCCCAACUUUUACGGAGCUGUUCAAGGAACAUGCCGUGGCGCCCUUCUUCGUUUUCCAGAUCUUCUGCGUCGGUCUCUGGCUGCUCGACGAGUACUGGUACUACUCGCUCUUCACCCUCUUCAUGCUCGUCAUGUUCGAGAGCACGGUUGUGUGGCAGCGCCAGCGCACCAUGAACGAGUUCCGUAGCAUGAGCAUCAAGCCCUAUGGCCUGUACGUCUACCGCCUUGGCAAGUGGACCGAGAUCCAGAGCGACAAGCUCCUGCCCGGCGACCUGGUCUCUGUCUCGCGCACCAAGGAAGACGGCGGAGUGGCCUGCGAUAUGCUCUUGGUGGAGGGAGCCGCCAUUGUGAACGAGGCCAUGCUCUCCGGCGAGAGCACCCCGCUCUUGAAGGACUCGGUACAGCUCCGCCCAGGUGACGCGCCCAUUGAUGCCGAUGGCCUCGACAAGAACUCGUUUCUCUGGGGCGGCACCAAGGUGCUCCAGAUCACCCACGGCAACACCGAAGAGGAAAGGCCCAAGCUUGCUUCGGGUGUCCCCGCGCCACCAGAUAAUGGUGCCAUGGCUAUCGUUACCAAGACGGGAUUCGAGACGUCCCAGGGCAGCCUGGUUCGGACCAUGAUCUACUCGACAGAACGCGUGUCUGCGGGUAACGCCGAGGCCCUGUUCUUUAUCCUGUUCCUUUUAGUUUUCGCCAUCGCUGCAUCGUGGUACGUGUGGGACGAGGGCGUCAAGAAGGACCGCAAGCGAUCCAAGCUUCUCCUCGACUGCAUUCUCAUCGUCACGAGCGUCGUGCCCCCCGAGCUCCCCAUGGAGCUCAGCCUUGCCGUCAACACCAGUCUGGCCGCUCUUGCCAAGUACGCCAUCUUCUGCACCGAGCCCUUCCGCAUUCCCUUUGCUGGCCGUAUCGACGUGGCGUGCUUUGACAAGACGGGAACUCUUACCGGUGAAGACUUGGUCGUUGAGGGCAUUGCCGGCCUUGGGCUUGGUCAUUCUGGCACCAACACCCCCCGGGAGGCCGAUGGCGCCCACAGCCACAUUACUCCUGUCCACGAUACCAGCGUCGAAACCACCCUCGUCCUGGCGACAGCCCAUGCCCUUGUCAAGUUGGACGAGGGAGACAUUGUGGGAGACCCUAUGGAGAAAGCAACACUCUCGUCCUUGGGAUGGGUUCUUGGUAAAAACGACGUCCUUACUAGCAAGCCUGCCCUCUUGCCAAAUGCCCGAACCAGCGGCAGUGUCCAGGUCAAGCGGCGGUUCCAAUUCUCGUCUGCAUUGAAACGCCAAAGCUCUGUAUCCUCCAUCAACGCCACCGACCCAUCCACCGGCAAGAAGCUCAAAGGCACGUUCGUGAGUGUCAAGGGCGCGCCCGAGACCAUCAUGAAGAUGCUCGUUACUGUUCCAAAAGACUACGAGGAGACCUUCAAGUAUUUCACGCGCCGGGGUUCCCGAGUUCUGUCGCUGGCAUACAAGCACCUCACCACCGACAGCGAACUCGGCACCCACAAGAUCAACGACCUCAAGCGCGAGAGUGUCGAGGCCGGUCUCACAUUUGCUGGAUUCUUGGUUCUUCAGUGCCCCCUCAAAGAUGACGCCAAGGAGUCAGUGCGGAUGCUCAGCGAGAGCAGCCAUCGCGUGGUCAUGAUUACUGGAGACAACCCCCUCACCGCUGUCCACGUCGCCAAAGAGGUUGAGAUUGUUGACCGUGACGUUCUCAUUCUGGAUUCCCCCGAACACACCACCGAGGGCGAACAAAAGCUCGUCUGGCGCAGCGUCGACGACAAGACCCGCAUCGAUGUUGACCCCACCAAGCCAAUCGACCCAGAGAUCCUCAAGACCAAGGACCUGUGUGUUACCGGAUAUGCCCUGGCCAAGAUCAAGGGCCAGGUUGGAUGGAACUCCAUUCUCAGGUACACUUGGGUUUACGCCAGAGUAUCGCCUAAACAGAAAGAAGACAUCCUCCUCGGACUGAAGGACAUGGGUUACUACACGCUGAUGGCAGGAGACGGCACCAAUGAUGUUGGCGCGUUGAAGCAAGCCCACAUUGGCGUUGCACUGCUCAACGGAACCCCACAGGACCUGACCCGCAUUGCCGAGCAUGCACGCAACACCAAGAUGAAAGAGCUCUACCAGAAGCAGGCCGACUUGAUGGGCCGCUGGAACCAACCGGCUCCCCCCGUCCCUGUCCUCAUCGCUCAUCUGUACCCGCCUGGACCCUCGAAUCCCCAUUACCUCAAGGCCAUGGAGCGCGAGGCGCAGAAGAAGGGUGUUACUGUCGCCGAGCUCGCCAAGGCCAACGGCACCGACAUCGAGACAAUUACCUCCCCUGCGGCCCAGCAGCUGAUCAAUCAAGACCCUAAGAAAGCUAAGCAGGCCGAGGCAGCUAAAAAGGCGUCUGGUCUGGCCGAUAAGCUGACGCAGAGCAUGAUGGAUGCCGAGAUGGAUGACGAGCCCCCUUCGCUGAAGCUCGGCGAUGCGUCUGUGGCUGCUCCCUUCACGUCCAAGCUCCGAAACGUCAUUGCCAUCCCUAACAUCAUCCGUCAAGGACGCUGCACCCUUGUGGCUACAAUCCAGAUGUACAAGAUCCUCGCCCUGAACUGCCUCAUCAGCGCCUACAGCUUGAGUGUCCUUUAUCUUGAAGGCAUCAAGUUUGGCGACGGUCAGAUCACGAUCAGCGGCAUGCUCAUGAGCGUGUGCUUCCUGUCAAUCUCCCGGGCCAAGUCUGUGGAGGGCUUGUCCAAGGAGAGACCGCAGCCAAACAUCUUCAACUUCUACAUCAUCGGUUCUAUCCUCGGCCAGUUUGCCGUCCACGUCGCCACGCUCAUCUACAUCGCCCGGUAUUGCGACUUCCUCGCACCCCGCAUCGACGUCGACCUCGAGGCCGAGUUCGCCCCGUCCCUCCUCAACAGCGCCGUCUAUCUCCUGCAGCUGAUCCAGCAGAUCUCGACGUUCGCCGUCAACUACCAGGGGCGCCCCUUCCGCGAGUCGCUGUCGGAGAACAAGGGCAUGUUCUACGGGAUCCUGGGCGUGACGGGCAUCGCGUUCGCGUGCUCGACGGAGCUGAUCCCCGAGCUCAACCAGGCCAUGAAGCUGGUGCCGUUCAAGGACGAGUUCAAGACGACCAUGACGGCCGUCAUGGUGCUCGACUACGGCGCCUGCUGGCUCAUCGAGGUCGUCUUCAAGUACCUUUUUAGUGAUUUGCAGGCCCGCGACAUCGCCGUGCGCCGCCCCGACCAGCUCGAGCGCGAGCGCGCCCGCAAAGCCGAGGCCCUGCGCCUCAGGGAGGAGGCCGAGGAGAAGAUCCAGGCCGAGAAGGUUGCCGAGAUGGAGCGCAGGAUAGAAGCGCGCGCGGCUCAGCUGCGCGCGUGGUCGGGCGUUGGCGGCCCGGCGCAGCAGCAGCAGGUGCAGAAUUAGAUGGUACUACAUGUAGAUGGGUUGGGGGAGAGAGGGAGGUGGUCAUUUAGCAGUGUUUCGUUUUGUAGACAUAGAGCGGGACCCAUGAAUCUGUACUUGUACUGUUGAGUAAGAACGGACGGGGCUUGGGUGAUGUCUGCCAUCUUCCACGGUGUGAACAGUUCGUAAAAGAUGUCAUGAGAGGUUUUCCGGAGUUGUUACUUGUUCAUGUCUGUCUUGCUGUCUACCCUGUCUUGUUAUCUCUCUUGCUGGUUACCUUCUUAAUCGUUAAGUGGGUCAACAACCGCAAUUGCUCCUUAGUUCCUCUCACCCAUCCGUUCACGGGACGGGCCGCAGG